GCGGGUCCGAGCGGGGGGACGGCUCGCCCACGCACCGGGCGGCGGGUCAUCACCACACCGCCCACUCCCGCACCGCCGCCACGGGAGGCGAAUCCGUACCUGCACCUGGCGCUCCGCCCGGCGGCCCCGCGCUGUCCCGGCUGCCGGGCCGGCGGGGUGGGGAGUGCCGGCUGUGCUGAGUAACGGCGCGGCGGGGGCGGCCCUCAGCGCCCCGGUCCGCGCCCGCAGCUCCACGGCAGAGAACGCGCGGCCCUGGCAGCGCUGAGCCCGCCCCGCGCGGCCUCGGGAGCGACGCCGGCCUGGCCUCGCCCGCAGACUGCACCGGCGCGGCGGCUGCCGGGGCGGCCGGGGGCGGCCGGGGCGGGGCUUCGGCGGCCGCAGCGCCAAUGGGGCGCAGCCGCAGCGCUGCCCCGGCCGAGGAGGCUCCGCCUGAGCGCGGGGGGAGGGGGCGGUGGCGAGGCCGCGGAGCGCCGCGGGCGGGGCGUGUGCGAGCGCCGGGGCCGCGGGGCGGUUCCGGGGCAGGGGAUCGGCCGGGAAUGAGCUCGGAGCGGGGGAACGUGUCCCGCACGCGGCCCCAGCGCCACCAGAACGCCCACGCCUUUAGGAACGACAAGUACGACACGAGCACCCGGCUCAAGAAAAUAAAUGCUAAGCUUCAUGAUGGUGUAUGUCAGCAUUGCAAAGGUAUCUUGGAGUGGCGAGUAAAAUUCAGCAAGUACAAACUACUAUCAAAACCUAAAAAAUGGUCCUUACCCUCCUGUGGUAGCAGAACAGCCAGUGAGUGUUUCAGCAGUGAAACACUGAACCCAGAGAAACCACAGCUGGGCUGUGGUGUGUGAUGCAGCCAGUGUGAAGUGCCUCCAGAAGACUGUAAAAGAUCCUUAUCAUAUUAUUUGUCGGCCAUGUGCUAGUAAACUAGAAAUUUGUGC